AUCGGCAGACAUACGUAGGCGACGUCGCCGACAAUGAAGGCUAGGCUUCUUCUUCGCACGUGCCCACUCGUUUCGUGUGUACUUUAUACUGAUGACAGUGGAGUUCUACCGAGGUACUUUUGUUCUCGACGACACGCCAUCCCAAAUUCCGGCAGUUUCUAACAGCGACACAGCUGGUGGCCGAAUCUAUCAAACCAUCCUACUCCUCGCUUGCAGUCGAAAAGUUUCUAUCCUCACAAUGAGUUCUGAGCACACCCUGCCGGUUAAAAAGUUAUCCCUUUCACAACCGUCACUGGCCGAAUUGGCCACGAGCAUCUCCGCAGGUCUUUCCACCAACUUCGCCUCGUCAUCAUGUACCGUCGAGACACCGCCGGACCUCACUCUCGCUCCGUUCCAUUUGGCAGGCCCCGGGCUAACAGGCUCGACUCGCGUCGCCGAGGUGGGCGACCGAUCAUACCUGGUCAAACGCGACCUCAGCAGGAAAUACGACCUGAGGGCCAUUGCGCGACAAGUCGACAUGAAUCCUGCCACGGGCCUCCUGAUCGGUGCCGGCGCCGGUCCUUUCUUUGUCCUGGGCCAGAACUCUGAGUUGAUGCCCAAUUUCGCCUAUGGCAUUGCGGCCGGCGGGUCAGAUGCGGAGUCGGUUCGCAACCGCACAUACUACGCCAAGUUGACACCGGACGGGUCUGUGCAAUGCUCUCCGUUGUCUUCAACGUCGAAAUUCGGUCUCAUGAGCAACCUAUUCUGCUCCGACGGGAAAGUUGGGCCCUGCUUGCACAUCAGGGCCAAGUCCCGUACGAGCGCGCUCAAUUUCACCGAAACCAUCCAGCAGGCACUGAAGACGUCGUUUGGGGACAAAUUGAUCUCCCUCGGCGGCGUGUUCUUGAUCACGUCUGGAACGGUCAAUGUCCACGUCAUGCCCGAUUUUCCAGCGCAGCCGUUCAAGGACCCCGCCGCUGUGGCAAAGUGGCUAGAGCACUUCAAUGUUGACACUGGCGACGGCAACCCCCUGGUAUGUCUGAGCGUCCUGCAUUCCGGUGACGAUGGCGGUUGGGGUCUGAGAAUGGAACAUACGCAUUGCUUUAGCGAGUCUGGCGAUUCCCACACGGACAAAGGAGGCCACUAUCACUACGAUGUGGACGACACGAAGGACAGAGUUGAGUAUCAUGCGUGGUUUAAUGUUGCGGAAUACGUGUAUCGGGUUGACCAUCCAGCUCCACGUCAACACCCACCAGACACGCUUUGAGGUAGCUCACCCUUGGGCGGGCAUGGUCGCGAGACGCACCUACCAUUCCAUCUUUGUGUCCUUCUUCUCACCACCUCCCUCCUCCAAAGCCCUGGCAACAGAUUUCGCGUCAGUCUUGGUCCCCGUGAAAUUCUCCCAAAUCCCCUUUCCAAACUUCCUGAACGACUCCGCCAUGCCAUUAUUGAUCGUCAGAUUGUACUCCAUCUCCGACAGAUUGAACGGGAAGACCUUCCUUGGCCGCUUCGAAGAAAGCAUCGUCCGACACCGUUAUGCCUAACAGUCCGAGACUCGGUUGAUUGCGGCCAAAUAUGAAGGCGAAGGAACGUGCCAACACGGCUUUGACGCCGGCGCCU